GGCUGCUGGACGGCGGGCGCUGCUUCAGCGAUCUCCGCUCUGCUGCUGUACUCGUCACAGAGAAGACAACUUUGGACACAUGCUCACGAGGAAAACGGCGCUGGCUGGGAUCAGUGGCGGACGGUUUGAGUGGAUUAGCACUUGAAGUGGACGGAGGGCGUGAAAAGCUGGGGGGAGAGCGAGCGAGAGACACAGACCGAAAGAAAGAAAGGGAGAGAGAGAGGCAGAGAGACACCAGCACUUCGCUCUCAUGCACCGACUCCUCAACUUGCUCCUUUCUCUCCACCGCACGACUCGAAUUGAGCAAUGAUCGCACUCCGGGACGCCCGUCCCUCCAUUUCAUGAGCUUUACGCGAACGUUGAUUUGUUUAUUUGUAGAAACACACGACCGGGGGACUUAGCUAGGAUUUUAACAAAAGGAAUAACAUGCCGGACCAGAUCACAGUCGCGGAGUUCGUGGCCGAGACGAAUGAAGACUAUAAGUCACCCACUGCCUCCAACUUCACCACGCGAAUGGCGCAUUGUAGGAACACAGUGGCUGCCCUGGAGGAGGCCCUGGAUGUGGACCGCAGUGUACUGUACAAAAUGAAGAAGUCAGUCAAGGCCAUUUACACCUCUGGUCUAGCUCAUGUGGAGAACGAGGAGCAGUACACUCAAGCUCUGGAGAAGUUCGGGGAGAACUGUGUGUACCGGGAUGACCCUGACCUCGGCUCAGCCUUCCUCAAGUUCUCUGUCUUCACCAAGGAGCUCACCGCCCUCUUCAAGAACCUGUUUCAGAACAUGAACAACAUCAUCACAUUCCCUCUGGACAGUCUGCUGAAGGGGGAUCUGAAAGGGGUUAAGGGGGAUCUGAAAAAGCCCUUCGAUAAGGCCUGGAAGGACUACGAAACCAAAGUCACUAAGAUCGAGAAGGAGAAGAAAGAGCAUGCGCGGCAGCACGGGAUGAUCCGGACGGAGAUCAGCGGAGCAGAGAUCGCAGAGGAGAUGGAGAAAGAGAGGCGGUUCUUUCAGCUUCAGAUGUGUGAGUACCUGCUCAAAGUGAAUGAGAUUAAAAUCAAGAAAGGUGUGGACCUGCUGCAGAAUCUCAUCAAGUACUUCCAUGCACAGUGCAAUUUCUUUCAGGAUGGCCUGAAGGCGGUGGAUAACCUCAAACCCUCUAUAGAAAAACUGGCCACAGACUUGCAUACGAUCAAGCAGGCUCAGGACGAGGAGCGCAGGCAGCUCACACAGUUACGAGAUGUGCUGAAGACAGCGCUUCAGGUGGAGCAGAAGGAGUCUAGGAGAGAUUCGCAGGUGCGACAAAGCGCCACCUACAGUCUACAUCAGCCCCAGGGGAACAAAGAACACGGGACAGAGCGUAGUGGAAACCUCUACAAGAAGAGUGAUGGUCUACGGAAAGUAUGGCAGAAGAGGAAGUGCACAGUAAAGAACGGCUACCUGACCAUCUCCCAUGGGACGGCAAAUAGACCACCAGCCAAGCUCAAUCUCCUGACCUGUCAGGUGAAGCACAACCCAGAAGAGAAGAAAAGUUUCGACCUCAUCUCACAUGACAGAACAUAUCACUUCCAGGCCGAGGACGAGCCAGAAUGUCAAAUCUGGAUCUCGGUGCUGCAGAACAGUAAAGAGGAAGCGCUCAACAACGCCUUUAAGGGUGACCAGCACGUAGGUGAGAACAACAUUGUCCAGGAGCUGACCAAGGCCAUCCUGGGCGAGGUCAAACGCAUGACUGGCAACGACGUCUGCUGUGACUGCGGCGCGCCCGGACCCACAUGGCUCUCCACCAACCUGGGGAUCCUAACCUGUAUAGAAUGUUCUGGAAUCCACCGCGAGCUGGGCGUUCACUACUCCAGAAUCCAGUCUCUCACGCUGGACGUCCUCAGCACAUCAGAACUGCUGCUCGCCAAGAAUGUGGGGAAUGCUGGCUUUAAUGAGAUCAUGGAGGCCUGCCUGAGUGCGGAAGAUGUGGUCAAACCAAAUCCAACCAGCGACAUGCAGGCCAGAAAAGACUUCAUCAUGGCCAAAUAUACAGAGAAGCGCUUUGCCCGGAAGAAGUGUCCUGAUGCAGCUUCCAAGCUGCACACGCUCUGUGAUGCAGUGAAGGCCCGUGACAUCUUCUCCCUCAUCCAGGUCUACGCUGAGGGAGUGGACCUGAUGGAGCCCAUUCCCCUGGCCAAUGGGCAUGAACAAGGAGAGACGGCUCUGCACCUGGCUGUGAGGCUGGUGGACAGAACCUCCCUCCACAUCGUGGACUUCCUCACUCAGAACAGUGUGAAUCUGGAUAGGCAGACGGUGAAGGGCAGCACCGCGCUACAUUACUGCUGCCUCACAGACAACAGCGAGUGCCUCAAGCUGCUCCUCCGAGGCAAGGCUUCCAUAGACAUCGCUAACGAGGCAGGAGAGACCCCGCUGGACAUUGCCAGGAGACUCAAACAUCUGCAGUGUGAGGAGCUGCUGAACCAGGCGCUGGCUGGCAAGUUUAAUGCACACGUGCAUGUGGAAUAUGAAUGGCGGCUACAGCAUGAAGAUCUGGAUGAAAGUGAUGAAGAUUUGGACGAGAAGCCCAGUCCCCUCCGGCGAGACGAACGGCCUGUCAGCUGUUACACCCCCGGCACUUCAGUGCUGCAGCCCAGCCCGGCUGGCCUGACCAAGGACAAGCGAUGCUACGUACCCAACCUGGUCAAUAACGAGACGUAUGGGACCAUCUUGAACACCAGCCCCCCCACUGGGGUUCCACUGUCUUCCUCUGCCCCUCCACUGCCCCCAAGAAAUAUAGCUCAGUUGGCUGGUCUCAGUGGAGGGGUUCAGGGCUCCUCAGGAUGGAAGCCAGGCCCUAUAGACCUGGCAGGCAGACAGAGGUCCUCCUCCGAUCCCCCCAACAUGCACCCUCCUGUUCCACCCAUGCGGGUCACUUCCACCUCCUUCAUAGCGCCGGGCGGCCCCCCUCCUCCUGUGGCUAAGACGGCCAGUGUGAUGGAGGCCAUGAACAUGCAGUCCAAACCAGGACAGGUGCCUCCAGGCCAGAACAUCAACAGGAGUACAACAACAAGCUCGGACAAAAGCUACAGCAAAGGCCCUCUGGCGCGCUCGGACUCCAUAGAGAGACCAGGUAGAUGUCAAAGAAACAACUUGAACUCAAAGGAAGUUCCUGGAUGCCCUCAAAACACGACUGGUCAGUCUCUGCCUCCAGGCCACAUUUCCAGGAAAGGGUACCCAAAGCAGAGGCCGAAGCGGGUGAAGGCCAUCUACAACUGCGUGGCCGAUAACCCAGACGAGCUGACGUUCACAGAGGGUGAGGUGAUAGUGGUGGAUGGAGAGGAAGACCAGGAGUGGUGGCUUGGCCAUAUAGAGGGAGAACCAAUGAGGAGGGGCGCCUUCCCCGUUACGUUUGUACACUUUAUGGUGGAUUGACGGCAACGCUUACCCAGGCUGACCGGAUCACCUCCCACAUCUACAUGCUUGGGCUUAUUGAUUGUCCUCAUCAUCGUCAUCAUCAUCAUCAUCACCAUCAUAAAGCUUGUGCCUACACGACUCUUCCUGGACCUGCAGCUUUCACCAGCCAGCCCUGGGACGUCUUGUUGGAUCAACUCGUGCAAACUGCUUUUGAUGCUUCUCAUUCCUGAAUGUCUUUAUAACUAGUAGUAUCAGUCCUUGAAGACUGUGGAAGCCUUUUUGACCCUUUUUUCUUUUGUUGACCAGAAAAAAAAUGAUUGUAGUCAGUGGUUUUGACACAGCUAAUGCACUUUUGACUGCAUCUCUCCUGCACAGUGCAAGAGAGGACAACAUUGGUGGAGAUGAAGGCUCUGUUCAGAAAAAGUGCAUCGUUCAUAUCUUUAGAGCUUCUAGAUGCAGUGGAACAGAAGAAGGCUGUUUUAUUAUAGUGCCAUUUGUACCUAUCUGCAUAUCAGCAAAUCCAGUCCUGUUAAUUUGCAUUCCAUGUGUGGCAUGAACGGAGAAGAAAUGGAUGUGGCUUGACUUUGAAAGACCGUUUGGUGCUAACCCAGGAGGAUAGCCCUGGCGCUGCCUCCCCUAGGGGGCGCUCCACUGUCCCCAUUUCUACACUCAGUGGCCCAUUUUGGAACAUAUAAAUAGAACUUCCUCUCUUCACACCUGGGAGAGCCUUGGCCCUGCAUUACAUGCCUGUAUGUGUGAGAGAAAGGGGCAAGAAGAGAAACUGUAUUUGUGUGAGGAAGAAAGGGGCAGACAGAAGAAUGUUUGUGCGUAUAUAUCAUAAUCGUCAUAUCAAAAACUCAAUUUUUCAAUUUUGUGCACCAUUUGAAAGAGCUGGCUGUUCUUUACGUUGUCCAAACAUAUUCCAAAAUUACUUGGAGUUAUAGUCGUUCCAUGAACGUAAAUUAAAAGUUAAGAACAUUUUCACCUUCUUCUAUAAAGUUAUCAUUUCAAAGAUAUGAGGUUUUGUUAUGACGGUGUGUGUGAGAAUGUGAUGUCAUCAAAUAUCAGAUCUGCUGCUUAAUCCACAGGGGAGUAAUGGCUGUGACGAUAUGGAAUUAUUCAAAACACAACAUGAAAAAUGAAGGAGUCUUGCAAGAGCCUUGGCUUUAAGAGUAAGUAGUUUGUACGACUGGUCACUGCAAUGCCCCCGACCUACUGUUUUCCUGUUUAUGCUCAGUCUGGACUCACUAGGCAUCCUGCUUUUUCCUCCAGGUUUUCACUGUUCAUGGCAAGAGAACAGAUAGUGGUUUCCCCUUAUGGAGUCAUAAUGUGUAUUGGAAAUGGCAAAUACACUGGACUAAACCAUUUAUUCUGGCAUUCAGUUCAUUCCUUUUGACAUAAUAGCGUCAGCUAGCAUGAUCUUAAUAUGUCCGGUAGCCAUACUAAACCCAGCAGCUUUCCAUGAAUUUUUUAAGGCUUAUUUUUAGAGUAAUGUUCAUGUCUGCCCAAGUUUUAGGUUGUAUAGGACAGGACCAACACCCCUCUCUCUUGAUUUCUCUGUAACCAUUUGAAGGCAAAGCCAAAACCAUUCCUCAUAGCCAGUAACAGUGCAACACACACCUUGCUCAUAAGUGGAUAAUGCAGAUGUAAUAUUGUACAGGAAUAUGUUUUAUGUGAUGGACUUCUUGGUUUGGUUGCAGAGCAACUCUAUAGAAUGUGUUAUAUAAUGUUUAAUUAAAAAAAAAAAAAGUCUAGUCUCUGUUGAGCUUGAUUCACAGUGACCUGUAACUUUAGCAGCAAGAGGAAACUUGUAAUUACCUUCUAGAAUAUUCCUCUGCCUUUUAACUCACUGGAAAUAAAUAGGAACUGUUUAUCUGGACCUGUAAAUAACUGAAGACUUUAUAUGUGUAUAUUUAAUUGUAAACAGAAAACUGAACUGAUAAAACAUCUGCUUCAUUGUCAUGUAUCAACCCAGGUUAGGUGUUUAUGUGUAGAGCUCCAGAAGACACCUCUAACCAAGGAAAACAAUCCACCUUGAUUCCCUCUUAUUUACUGUGUCAUUCUGUUGACUCUAAUACUGUACAAAUAAAUGGAAAAACUGGAAGUAAA